AUGGCCGUCAUGCCUGAAGAAACAGAGUCAAAUUUCCAGGCCCUCGUCCAGGCUUUUGUCAUGAUUGUGGUCUCGGAGAUAGGCGACAAGACCUUCUUGAUCGCUGCGAUCAUGGCGAGCCGGCACUCCCGUGUGACGGUCUUUGGGGGAGCGUUCGCCAGUCUGGUCGUCAUGUCCAUAUUAUCCGCGGCGUUGGGUCGGGUCAUUCUCGGUCUGAUACCAAAGGUCUGGACCCUCUGGGCAGCAGCGGUCCUCUUCCUCGUCUUCGGCGCCAAAAUGCUCCAAGAAUCCCUCUCCAUGUCCUCCUCGCACCUCUCUGAAGAAAUGCGCGAAGUCGAAGAAGAGCUAGAGCACGAUUCAUCCCAGCACGACACCCAGAAUCCCCGGGGGACUACCAUACCGCUGGAAGACCUCGAAGAAGGUAAACUCGGCAACGGCGACACCGCCCUCCGUCCUCGCUCGGCAUCCCCAAGACCGGGCGCUCCUCGAGCGGGAUCACCCAAGAUCGCACUCUCGUUCCCAUUAUCUGGCGGCGGGCCAAAACCAAAACGGAGCUGGCAUGAGGAUUUGAGGGAGGGUGUGAGGAAUACGAUACAGCUGUUGACGAGCCCUGUGUUUGCGCAGGCCUUCGUGUUGACCUUUUUGGGGGAGUGGGGGGAUAGGAGUCAGAUCACGACGAUAGCGAUGGGAGGAGCACAUAGCAUACCGGUCAUUGCGUUCGGGACGAUAUUGGGGCACGGACUGUGUACGUUUGGUGCGGUCAUGGGCGGACGAUAUCUCUCGACCAAAAUAUCAGUAAAACACAUCUCGCUCAUCGGCGCCUUCGCCUUCGUCAUCUUCGCCCUUCUCUACGCUGUCGAGGCAUACCACACCCCAUGGGACGCCAAGUCUGGUGAUGAUGUGGCAUGGUAA